AUGUCAAAAAUUUUUUCCACAUCUAAUAUAGAAAAAGUUUUGAAAAUAACUGAAGAAGACAAAAAAUAAGAAGCUUUUUUAAAAAAAACCGAAACAGGAAUUCAUUUUAUAAUCCUAAACCGAAAAGUGAAUUCAUUUACAUUAUAAUUUAUUCGUAAAAUCAACGAACUUUUAGACGAAGUUGAAAAAAACGAAGGCCCAACAGCCUUAGUAACAUUUGGUUUAAACCCUAAAUUUUUUUCUACAGGUCUAGACUUGAAUUAUUUAUUAACACAAGAAAAAAACGAAAUAUAUGCUUUUAUAUUAGAAGUAAUAAGAUUAUACGGCCGUUUAUUAGCUUUCCCAGUUCCCUGUAUAUCCAUGAUAAACGGACAUGCAUAUGCUGGUGGCUGUAUGUUAGCUCUUGCUCAUGAUUAUAGAAUAAUGAGAAAUGAUUUCGGAUAAUUAUGUAUGAAUGAAGUUGAAUUAGGAAUGUAUUUACCCCCAGGAAUGAAUGCUGUGUUAUAAGAUAAAAUUUAGGAUAAAAAUGCAUUUAGAGAUUUAGUUUUAUUAGCUAAAAAGUUUGAAAGUAAAGAAGCUUUUUAAAAAGGUUUAGUUGAUAAAAUUGUGGAUCCAGAAUAGCUUUUUGAGGAAUGUGUGUAAUUUGCAGAAAGUGUAAGUAAAUUUGGGGUUAAUAAAGAAAAUUUUAAAAAAUUAAAAGAAGAAAUGAAUAAAAAUGCUAUUGAUUGUUGUUUUAAUAAAGGACAUGCAGUAGGUGUAAGGGCUGAAACUUAAUUUAAAUUCCCUAAUCCAAGAUUAUGA